AUGACCACGCUUGCCAAUACGGGCGAAGGUCCGCUCCAGGUGCCUGGAUUUGGCUCCAUCCCCUUGGACAACCAGCUCCCGCCAGAGGCCCGCUUCGCCCAUGGGCUCGUGGACUAUCGCCACUCCCCUCGACUGACCAGACGCGAGAUGGCCAUGCUGCGACUCAUGCAACGCAUUACGGAGCAGCCCGAGUGGGAUCGGGCUAUAUUGGACUCCGACGAACCCCCACCCACGCAUUGGCACCAGGACGCCACGGAAGGACUCGAGGGCUUCCUCAUCAAUCGGCCCCUGGUGGAUCCAUGCCUGUAUCCGCUCGUCUAUGGCCACUCUAGGGUUCUCGUUCACGGCGGGCAGGUGGCCUUGGGCGAUCUGUGGAGCUCGGAGGGGGGUUCAGUCGGGGACAUGCCGCCUCCUCCUCCUCCUCCUCCUCCUCCUCCUCCCCCAGAUGGUCUACAACGUCCGAUAACUCCUUAUACGGGUUUACAUCGCAGGAUCGCGCUCGGUGGGCAGGAGAGCUGCUGGUCGAACCGCUUUCAAUGGCUUCCCUGUGAAGGACUGCGCGACGACCGCAUUGUUGCCACCAGCUUUUAUACUGUGGAGGCCAAAAAUGUAACCCCGGCUCGCGUGGCGUUUCAGCACCAAGACAAAGUCCAUGCCAGUGAGCUCAACGAGUGUGAGGUGCCCCCGGCGCUCGCGACGGUUCUCGAUGUGGAAUACUGGGAGCCCUACAUACACCGAGAAGAGACCCCCGCGCGCCCUGCAUAG